AUGACCACCGCCCACAGACCAACCUUCAAUGCAGCAAGGGGAGGCACCGCCAGGUCGGAGGGCGACCUCUCCAAGCUUUCGGCUCAAUAUUCGAGCAAGGACAUGCCAUCCCAUCUCAAGAUCAAGCAUCGACAGACCGGACAAGCUACCGAAGAGGAUUUGAAACGCAGAGAUCUCCGCCGUGAAUUGGAGGAUAGAGAGCAUGCUGCUGCUCGCGAGAAACGAACAGGAAAGGAAGCUUCUUCAGUUGGUAGUAGCUCGAAAAAGCCACGCUUUGAAGAAAUUGCGGCGUCCACUAAAGAUAUUGAUGCAGAUGAACCGCUUGACGAGAUAAACGAUUCCGAUGAGGAUUCGGACGAUGAUGACACUGCGGCUUUGAUGGAGGAACUGGCACGAAUUAAAAAGGAACGAGCCGCAGAACGUGAGGCUAAGGAAGAACGAGAUAACGAGGAACAGGAAAAAAUUCGUAUGGACAAUAUUCUGCAAGGAAAUCCACUUUUGAAUUUCGAAAAGGACCAGACUGAAGAAGGAUUCAAAGUCAAACGGCGAUGGGACGACGAUGUGGUUUUCAAGAAUUGCGCAAAAGGAAUCGAUGAGCGAAAGAAGGAGGCCACUUUCAUUAAUGACGCUAUUCGAUCCGAGUUUCAUCGCAAAUUUAUGGACAAGUACAUUAAA